GAUACUUAACUGAAGCAUCGCAAAACGAUGUCUCGUGGGUAUACUGCAGAACCAUCCGAUUCUGAUUCCGAUUGGGAGGUCCACGAUCCUUUUAAGAAUUUCAGAUUCACGUAUUAUUUAAAAGAGGAGGUUGUUCAGUCGAUCAGAAAAAAGCAAGAUGAAGAUGGUACAAAUAAACAAGGUCCUUUCACUAAUCGAGCGUAUACAUUUAUCACAGUGCCUCAAUACUUGGAAUCGUUUAUGCUCUACGGAUUAUUGCAAUGUUUGGACCAUUUAUUGAUCGUGUACACAUUUCUUCCAUUACGUUGUUUUCUAACCGUUAUACAUUUAUUCAUGAGGAUAUCCAGUCGAUUUUUUCAAUUUUUUACAAAUUUUGAACAAGAACAUGAUCCAGUCUGUUCAAAAUCUUCACGAGUAAAUCUACUGUACAAUUAUGAACUUCGUGAUCUGGUUAAAUUUUCUUUAUUGUGCAUAUGUACUGUUAUUUUGACUAAAUAUGACAGUUCUGUAGCCUAUCAUGAGAUUCGGACACAGUCAGUUAUCAAAAUUUAUAUCUUUUUCAAUUUAUUGGAGGUUGCUGAUCGGUUAUUGUCUGCUGUCUGUCAAGAUGCUCUAGAUGAUCUUUUGUAUACAGUCAGUAAACCACGAUCCGAUAUGGUGUCAUCGAGUGAUUCAACGGAAAGCGGUUUGGUAUACUUUCGGGAUGUUGUUCUGCAGUAUUGUUUUGCUUUUUUAUGUUUAAUCGGUCAUUGUUUUUGUCUUCUAUGCCAAGUGACUACUUUGAAUGUAGCGUUUAAUUCACAGAAUAAGUCAUUGGUUACUGUGUUUAUUUCAAAUAAUUUUGUAGAGUUAAAGGGUAAUGUGUUUCGUAAAAUGGGGAAAACAAAUUUAUUUCAAAUUGCCUGUGCUGAUGUUCGUGAACGAUUUCACUAUUGCAUUUGGCUUUUUAUUAUUGUCGGUCGUAAUAUGAAUGAAAAUGGAUGGAAUUUAGAUGAUCUUCAAAAAAUCCUUAUUGAUGUGGCGUGUAUUCUUUUGGCAGAAGUUGCUGUCGAUUGGGUAAAGCAUUCAUUCAUUACAAAGUUUAAUGUGAUUCCUUCAAAUGUCUAUGAGGAAUACACUGUGAGCAUUGCGUACGAUUUAUUGUUAUGCCGUCAAGGAAAGAAUACAUCUGAUCACUUUGACCUCCUUUCACGUCGUAUGGGUUUAACUCCGAUACCUCUUAGUUGUUUGAUCAAUGCAAUGUUAUAUCAAACAAUACGAAAUCCUAGUACUCUUUGUUUAACUCUACCGUUUGUAAUCGCUGGAUUAUUUGCAGUCAAAGUUGUAACAAAUCUUACGCUAAUGUCUAUGGCCUACUCUCAUGUACGUGAGUACAUAAACACUGCCAGUGCUUGUCAAACAGAAGAGAACUACUGUGCAUCAAAUAAUGAUAACAAAACAGAAAAACCUGUAGGUGAUAUCCACACAACAACUUCUGUAAAGAACACUAAACAAGACCAAGAAACUAAUGAAACCGGGAAAGAACGUAAAGUGUCUUUAAGAAAGCCUCCUUUCGGUUAUAAUGGUUAUGAUCAACCAACCAGGGAUGAUGAAUACUUUCUGCCGAUGGGUCUUAGACACAGACGAAUUCGUAGUGAUUCUGGUCCAGUGGAUGUUAUGACCAGUGUUGAUGCAGUUCAUCAUUCAUAUACUUCAGAACAUUCAUCAGAAUAUGUUGGAAGUAGUAAACUCGUCAUGUCAAGUCCAAUAUCCACUGGCCUUAUUGCUAAUGAAUUGGUUGAGCCGUACUAUUCAAUUAUGGCAUCGUCAAAUGGUACUCCAAAAAGUCUAUACGAUUUUAAUGAGUUAACUCCCUUGACACCUAUAAUGCCUAUGGACUCAGUACAUCGAUUAUUAACUCCUGGAAAUAUGAAGUCAGACAUGGAAUGUGAUCGUAAUUCUUAUGAAUCAUCAGCUUUGUUUCAAAUAGAAGACAGAUCUCCUUUUCCUGCGUAUACAAAUCCGCCAGCUACACCAUCACAUCAUGAGAGACAUCGAAUAAUGCAUAGUAGAUAUGAUCUAUCGAAUAUCCUGUGUACUGAGACACACGGCGAUAAAGACGAUGCUUUCACAACAAUACUAAAACCUCAAAGUGUAUCUUCCCUAAUAAGACCGAGGUAUUACAGCAUUGAUCUAGGCAUCCUGAGCAAUUUCAUGAAAUUUAUGGAAAGCAGUACACGGGUUACUACGAAUGAAAUACCAAGUAGCAAAGAUAAUGCCCAACAAGACGAAUCAAGAGUUACAUACCUGCCAGACCCUACACGUAAACGUCGAGUUCGUACAAUGACUGAAGGUUCAGUCAAUGCAACUUCACCUCCAGUAGAUCCUACUAUACCAAUCCUUUGGGAAAGAAGCAGUCGAAAUAGUACUGUCAAUCAAUUUGGUUUGGAUCAGCUGAAACCGACAACUCCUGGACGAGUAAAACAACCAUUAUCUGAUAUUGACCGGUAUUCCAUGGUAGAAGGACAAAUCAGCUAA